CGUGCUAAAUUGCCCUUAAUUAAGGUUGGACAAAAAUUCAAACUCGCCUGAGCUUUGAUCGGAGAAAGGUGAGUAUCGACGGCCGGGAGCAUGCCAAGGGAGAUCUACGGUGAUUGGCUAAAUUGCAAGUUUGGUAACUUGAAUUAAUAGUAAAGUUCACGUUAGCCACUAGAAUUACUUUAUUCCAUCCGUAGUCAAUUAAAUUAGGUUAACAGUCCAAGUUUGGUCACUAACCAUUAGUCUCCGUUAACUUUUGCUGAUGUGACGGUCAAGUCUAAUAGUUGACCGUUAAAUGAGUGACAUGACAAUUAAAAAAUUAAAAAGAUAAUAAUUUCUAUUUUCCACUUCAAGUUCAUUAAAAAAUAAAAUAAAAAUAAAAUCUAAAUGGCCGAGGAGCCCGACCGCAAAAUCAAAUUUGAGGGGGGCAUCACCGGCAACCAGUUCUGGUGCGCCGCCGUUGAUGCUACCCUACCACUAUUUCGCUGGUGCGAGCAACUCCGCCACGACGCUUCCAGCUUGGCGUCGAUUCUCCCUAGGUUGCAGAGAUUGGUUGAAGGAUCCGGGUCAGUUUGAUCACGAUAGAAGAUCCUUGUUGUGGAUCGGAAAACGGAAGCUAGGUGAGAUCCGAGCAAAUUACGAUCGCCCACAACAUGUUGAUUGCUUUGACCAGGAAAGAGUGGUCGGUCACAUUUUCAAACGUCUUUUUUGACUAAAGUAGUGGGAUGGAGAUUUCCGCUACCUUCUCUGACGGAGCUCGAACAAGAAGGGUGGAUGACAAAGACUCAAUAUCCACCUACCUUCGAGGAUAGUCAUGGGACUCUACUCCCAAGUCUUUGUUCUCAAGUGAAUCCUAGUGCGGGAAGUCUCCUUGAUUCGGGCCUAAUUGUACAUAUUUUAUCCUCGUUUUCCUUAGGCGUUUGUGGCAAUUGUGCUCCUUAAAUGGUGGUUUUACGCGAGGUUUCUUGUGUUUUAGCAUUUUUCAGGAUUUAACAGGUGAAACCAGCCCCAGAGUAGGAAGUUGGUGGAAAAGAAGCGAAAACCGGGAGAAGUGGCGAAAAACGGCAGUUCACGGUGGCUCUUGGAAGUUCACGAUCUGCUAAGACCGUGAAGAGAAGCUAUUGCCUGUGAACAUCAAGGCGUCCAGGGCGAAUUCUGAAGUUACUGACGCUGAUUGAGUUCACGAUCACUAAGACCGUGAACUGGAGCUGUUUCCUGUGAACCUGUGCAAACGAAGCGGUGAGUUUCGACGCUAACCUUGAGUUCACGAACGCGUUCAAGAGUUCACGGCCGUGAACUGAGGCCGUGAACUUAGCCCGAUCUCUGUUUAAAAGGAGAGCUGAAAGGAAGAGAGAAAGGGGUAGCCUGAUGAGCCCCAAAAGGCUUUAAUUCAGAACUACGCAGCUUUGAGACCUCGAUGAAUGGAUGGAGGUGUGUAACAGGGGAAUUCGAGAGGUGAACAGAGUGAACUAUGGAUCAAAGGAAAGAAAACUAAACCAGCAGCUUCAACACAUAGGGGAAGAGGCUAGCCUAGGUAGAAACUACCACGAGAUCAAGGGUGAAGAUCUUGAUCUCUAGGUCUGCAAUUCUCGGCUAAAACAACCAAGAACCUUAGCUCGCAAGCUGGAGAACUCCUUGGAGUACUUUUCGAUUAGAACUAAAAAACGUCAAUUACAAUCAAUGAAAGAGGCUAUUUAUAGCCGAGAACAACCUAACACAAUCCUAAUUGAACAGUGACACAAAUUACAAACAAAACAAGGAAAUGAAAACAAGUAAAACACGGAAACUUGCAAGCUAAGCAACAUCCUUCUCGGCCAUGCAACUGUCCAGGAAAUCAGUCCUCGUCCCAACUUCCAACUCAUGGAAAAUGUCCUUCUGGGUUGAGUCGAGCUCAGCCAAUUCCUUCCCUAGGUUUAGAAAGUUUCACUCUCUCAAUUCCAACACCAAGCUCUAGCUGAUCGUGCCCCAAACUUCGUGAAUUCGAGCUCAAAGUUGCUUCCUCAAACUGUCUUCCUACCUUAGCCAAAAACUGGCAAUUUCCAUAAUGCAUGAUAGGGUUUUGAUGGCCUUGAAAAACAACCCUUCUGGCUUCCUUUCCACGACCUAAGUGCACCAACUUAUAGAGGAGCACCCAAUCUUCAAAACAAGCCCUCACACGUAAAUUUUCACUCAGCCAGUUGAGAGAUCCAACCUUCCAAAAGUAGGCUUCCCAGAGUUGUUUUCAUACUUAGGCAAAUUUCAGCUUGUUUCAUAUCAAUUUGAUCCGAACUUUGAACGAUUGAUUGGAGUUUGUAAGAGGCUGGAUUUGAGAUCAUAUCAGAGCCCAAGAGUGAGAAAGUGUCUUCUUCUUCAUAUUUUAGAGAUUGAAAGAACGAACCAAAGAAGAAAGAAGGCUUGGGUUUGCUCCAAGUGGUGAAUCUUCCCAAGAUAAGAUCAACACAAACUCAAAGGAGAUUGGAGAGGGAGCUAGCGGUGGCAAGGAGGAGAAGUGAAGAAAGGGGACAACAAUUUGGUCCCGGUAUUAGUGGAGUAGAAGUUGAAGAAGUGUAAGGUGAACCCGACAUUGGAGUAGAAAUGACAGGGAACCAAAGAGAAGUAGGAGUUACCCAAACUCGUAACCUAAACGAUGCGGCGGCAGAAGAGGAAGCCCCGAGGACAAUGAGAUACUAUAUGGCCCCACGGUCGGCAGACAUUCAAUCCCAAAUCCUACAUCCUCCCGCGGCCGCAAACAAUUUCGAGAUCAAGCCGACUCUAGUGACUAUGAUACAGAACAAUGCUUUGUUCCACGUUCUUUAGAGUGAGUCACCAAGAGAGCACGUCAGAGAUUCUUCGAGCUCGUGGGGAGCUUGAAAAUCAAUGGUAUGCUGGCUGAAGCUUUGCAACUGAGGCUUUUCCCCUAUUCACUUGCGGGGAAAGCAAGUGAUCGAGCUACUUGAAGAAAUGGCCCUCAACGGAUAUGAUUGGGGAUUGACGAGAAGUGGGAGGAGAAGCAAUGAUAGGGGUUGAGAAGUGUGGGAGCGAGCGCUCCACUUGAGACGAAGUUGGACAAGUUGAUAGAGGUAAUUCUCGAAGAUAAGAAACAAGGGAAGAGGUCGGCGAUGUCUUGUGAUUGGUGUUCGAGCACUAGCGAUGAGAUGGCGUAGUGCCAAGCAAUGACGGAGGCGACCACUGCGGAGGGGCAAGUCAAUUUCGUGGAAAAUUCUAGGGCUAAUAACCCGUAUAGCAAUACUUAUAAUCCCAGAUGGAGGAACCACCCCAAUUUGCUUGGUCAUCACCGACUAAUCCGAGGCCCCCGUGUUUUCAAGGCCCCACGGGAAAUUAUCAACAUCGGCCAACCUUCAUCCAACAAAGGCCUCAAGUCCAAAGCUCGAACUUCCAACAACCAUAUAUUGAACAAGGUGGUCAAGGGUUUCAACAACAACAACAACAACCCGACAAGCUAUCCAAGCUUGAAGACCUAGUGAAUACCUUUGUGAGCACGAGUGCUCAAAAGUUCGAUACGAUUGAGCAAUUCAUGGAUGUGGCGACUACCAAAUUUACCUCGGUUGAGGUGGGACUCCGAAGCCAUCAAUGCGAGCCUCCAAAGCUUGGAAGUGCAAAUAGAAAAGCUUGGAAGUGCAAAUAGAAAACCUUCCCAAACCGUGGCGAACCCCAAGGAUCAUGCCGGGGUGAAUGCAAUUCAAGUGGGAAGUGGAAAGGUGACUCUGGGAGUCGCCGCUAAAGAAGUGAUUGAGAAGGUAGAUCCCAACCCGAAGGAUGGAGAGAAAGGGCCCUCGAGGAGAAAGAGGAAAGCGGCAAGGAAGGCAUCGCCGACACAACCUCCGGUGGUUGAGUACUAGCCACCUCUUCCUUUUCCCACGAGGAUGUAUAAGAAGAGGUUGGAGAACGAGUGUGGAGGUUUUAUGGAAAUGCUCCGCAACCUCCACCUCAAUAUCCCUUUCCUUGAAGCCAUGGCUCAAAUGCCAAGAUAUUCAAAGUACCUCAAAGGAUUCCUCACCAAGAAACCAAAGCUUGAAUGCCUCGCCAACGUGGCUCUUGGCUAGGAGUGUUCGGCUUUCCUCCUCAACCGCUUGCCCAAAAAGCGGUCCGACCCAGAUAGCUUUACUAUCCCUCUUGGUAUUGGUAACAUUCAUAUAGACUUUGCCUUGGCGGACCUAGAUCUAGUGUUAACGUGAUGCCCUACAAGCUUUUCAAAAAGUUAAAAGUAGGUGAACUUAAGACCACUAAGCUUAGCAUCACUUUAGCCGACCGUUCGGUCAUUAGCCCGAGAGGCAUUGUGGAGGACAUGUUGGUGCGAGUAGGCAAGUUUUGCUAUCCGACCGAUUUCGUGAUUCUCGAUAUAAGCAAGGACUUGGAUAUUUCGUUCAUAUUCGGUCGCCCAUUCCUCGCCACCGCCAAGGCAUAGAUAGACGUUAAUGAGGGGACCUUAAUUCUGAGGGAUGGUGAGGAGAGAUCAAGCUUGAAAUUGACCCUAAGGCUAGAAGUGAGGAAGUGAAGGAGUUGGUUUCGAAUUAUGUGAAUGUGAGUGGAGGAGAGCCUCUCAAAGCAAACCCCACUAUUACUUGUGUUGCUUGUGGUAAUGUUGAGCAGGAAUGUGGUGGAUCCACUCUCGGUCGCAUCACAUUCCCAGCCUUGAUUAAUCCCCAACCGUCAAGCUAAUGACGAUAACUAAGAACUUGUUGGGAGGCAACCCAACAGAGGUUUGUUUUCUUUUCCUUAUUUUCGUUUUUGUGUCAAGUGAAGAGUUCAAGUGGUAAAGUGGUGUCCCCGUGCCAAGUGUUGUCGUUUUGUGUUUUAAGGUUGUGUUGUGAUCGAUUAGGAGGCACGGUGGAAUAAGUUGAGUCAAAAUUU